CACAGACACCUUGUAGGUUUCCCUUUUCAGACUUAAUUUUCCUUUUUUUCUGCUUGCUGCUUAUAUUUGUGUGGAAAAUCCCAGUAAAAGGUAAUGAUAAAUGUUCUCCUGCCGUUCCCAUAACCACAGAAAGUUAAGUGUGCUAAGGCCCAGCUUACACAGUGCCUUGCAUGAUGUUUAGCUGAUGUCUCAGAGAGGACAGGACAUGUUUAGGCUGAUAACCUGACUUUGUUUUAAUAUCUUCUCUCUUUUUUUUAGCAUAUGAGGUGCCUGGUUAAUGAGUGCUUUCUGUUUUUUAAUGGUAUGAUCUAAUUUGUGCAAACCAGUUUUGGAAUGCUCUCUGCCAUGUAACAAAUACACAAAAGCCCAUUAAUUUCCAGCUCAGGUGGGGGGCAGGGAAGGAGCAGCUCCUUGAUUGCUGCAUGAAACUGGAGAAAUGCAAGCAGAGGAAAUGUGCAGUAGACCCUGAGGGUCUCACUGAGUUUGUCAAUAAUGGACCAGUGGAAGAUCUUGCUCUUAGUACUGAAAUGUGCUGGUUUCUGUGUUUGGUACAAAGGGGAGGCUCUGGCAUGUGUGGAUUGUGUGACUGCCUUGUCACCUCCUGUGACAAACACAGGGCCUGUUUCUGCAGCAAGAGUUGUUUGGAUCAGUAGGAGUGGGAAAAAUAGGAACUGUGGCAUUUUACCUGCUGCUGGAUGUAUUUCUGUGCGUGGAGCCCCUCUGCAGACAGAACCUGAUGGGCUUUGCUCCAGGUUUGAUGGGUGAUGUUGAAUUCGAUGCUGGAGCUGUCUGAGUUUCUUUUGAGCAGGAUGCCCAGGUCACUGCCUCACUCCUUGUUCCACUGCAGGGACAGUACUCUGCUCUCUCUGGUUUUGCUGCUUCCCCUCUCAGCCAGGCACUUCUGCAAAGGCCUGCAGCAAGCAGUGGUUUAAAGGGACACCUUAACCAUGUCUGGCUGCCUGUCAGAGAAAGCCAAAAAGCAAAGAGAUCCCUUAGCAGAAAAAUCUGUAUCUGAAAUUUAACACAAAAUACUUGUGUCAUAUUUUCAGAGCAUAAAGUACUAACAUUGGGAGUGUUUGUGUACCUCAUUACUUGAAGGGAAAACAUGAAGUAUUUAAUAUUCAACAGUUCAAAAAAUCCUAAUGAAAUUCUUCCGUGACAGUAAGCUGGAGUGUUCCCCUUUUUAUACACUUCAUCCUUCCCCCAGUCUCUGUUGGUGCAAAUGUGAUUUGAAACAAGCUUGUUUUCUGUGCUGUGACCUUCCCACGAGCCCCCAGGCGGGCAGGGGCGAUGGCAGAGCUGGCAGGAGCGGUAUCUGUGCACUUGGGAUCGCAGGAGGAUGCUGGCCCUGCCCUCCAGAGCCGACUCUCCUGCAGGACUUCCCAGCGUUAACCGGGCAGUGGAGACCACCCACAGCUCCCAGUCCACCUCUGUAAGUAUUCACCCAGACCUGGAUGCCACGGGGCUGAUCUGGCUCUGUCAGAGCCUUUUAGCUCUGAUUGAGGCCCUUGUUUGCUGUGCCCACCCUGCAGUGCCUGCCCGGUGAGGGCAGAGCAGAGCCCUCAGUGCUGGGCUGCGGGCUUUGGGCUGGGCUGCCCCAAUGGCUCCUGUGUUAUUCCCGUGCCGAGGGAAGGCAUUCCAGGAGCACCCCGUGGCCUCUGGGAAGGGCUCACCAACAACUGCUCUGUGUGCACUGGGCUGGCAGGGGACGCUGCCUGAGGCUGGGCUGCUCUGGGCUCUAGGCACAGGUUUGGGAGGGAGGAGCUGCCUUCGGGAGGAGCUGUGCUCCUGGAGCCAGAGCGAGGGAGGCUCUGCUGGGCUUUGCACUCUCUCCGCACACUUGCCGUUGUGAAGGGAAUUAUUAUUUUACCUGUCUGGACAAGAUUUUUCUUGUAGCAGUGACAUUCCCACACUGUGUCAUACUUUGAAGAGUUUUAAGGAUUCCUGCCGAGGCUGUUCCUGAGGGAAGCCAUGCCCUGCCACAGAGCCCUUCGCCUGGUCCUGCUAACGCUGUGUGGCAUCCUGGUCCCUGCUGUGCUGGCAGUGAACCACAGAUUUACAGAAGAGAGCUCCCCUGGAAAUGACACUUUCUGGAAGAGCCUCUGGAUGGGAUGUGAGUCUCUAGCUCUGCUGGUUGGUUUUGCAGCACAGGUUGGGAAGGGCCCUGCAAAGGGCUCAGGUGUUUCUUGGGAGCCCUCUUGGAACACAAAGCGCUGUGUGCUUGUCUGGGGGAGCUGAGCUCACCCCUUUGGUGCAGUGAGGAGGGAUGCAGCGGGUGUGUGAGGACACAGAGCACAGGGGGACUGCUACAGCCACUGCUCCCUGGGGGGACAGCCAGCCGGAGUGUGCUGGGGGCCCUGCCUGGCCUAACCAGCUCAGCCCACAUGUGGGGACUUGCUUGUCUCUGUCUGUGCUCAGUGGGCUGGGGUUAAACCUGGUAGCUGCUUCACUGAGCAUCCUGUAGCCUUUCUGGCUGUUGAAAGGGCUUUCAAAACUAGUUUAGAACACUGUUGUGUCCCCAAGACUGUGGGCAGCCUGGAAUAGCUCUGGGGAUGGGGGGAGCUACUCUCUGAGGCAAGCCCUGCAGUCAUUUCUUGGUGGGUUUGUCCAGGAAGAAAAGGAGAGUGUUUUGGUGCUCCUGUUCCUCUGGAUGCAGGGCUCCUACGGGAGAACAGUGUGUGGUGGAGCCCAUUAAUGACAAUUCUUCCUGCUCUGCAGGAGGCAAGGAGGGCUCCAGGUGCUGAGACCUGGGGUGGCACUGCCAGGAUGUGCUGCUGCCAUCUCUCUUUCCAGGCCAUGGAGAGCCUGGGACACCAGGGGUUCUCAUGCCAGAGCCGGGGUACCUUGCCCCAGGGAGCUGGGUUGCUUGUUCCAGCUCCUCUGAUUCCCUCUGUCCUAGGUGUGAUAACCAUUGUGUCAGUUCAGGUGGGCCCUGGUUCUGGAUGUUCGUUCUUCCCCCCCCCAGCUUUUUUUCCCCAUCCCAGUGCAACAUUCCCAGCGGUUUCAGCAGGGAGCUGUGGAAUGUCUCCUGCUCCCGCCAGGGCCCAUCCGAACAAGCUGGGCAUUGACAGGGAGCGCUGGGCUGAGCCACACACAGACAGGGAGGGCUCUCUGCCUUGGGCCCUGACCCACGGAGGGGAAGGAAUAACAGGAGACCAGUGGUAACAUCAGAGCCUGGCCUGGCUUUCAUCUCCCUGGUGUGAGAGAGGGAAGUUGAGGCUCUGGGGUCCAGUCUGGGGAGCCGUGUCCUGCGUUGUGCCAGCACCUCUGGCAUCCUGCACUGCAUGGACUGGGAGUGCAGGACAGAAAGGCCCUGAAAUGCUGGAAAUUUGGCCAGCACGGGUAGCCAGGUGGUCUCUGCCUGCUGCAGACAUGUGACAGCCCCUCCCAGCCCAAUCCUAUGGGUAUCCAUGAGUAAAAGGGCUGUGGAUGUUCACAGGACCUGUUUGUGGGUAAGCAGAGGUUGCACAGUCCGGGGAGUUCCCUGUUGACCCGUAUGUGCUGUGUGUACACCACAGUGCCCCAAAAGCCUGUGGCAGUGGUAUCACCCCAGGGCUGCUCUGGGGGUGGGUGUUGAGUAGAGGUGGUGCCCUCUACGGGGAGGGCUGUGCCCCACUGGGUUUCUCAGCCCUCAGGUCACCCUGCACCCACCCCAGGGGCACCUGGCAGGCAGCUGGAGCCCAGGGACCUGCUGAGCUGUGCUUGUCAGCUGCCUGACUUGGCCCCCAUGCCCAUGGGUGCUUGUCUCCCAGCAGAGUACCCACAGGGCCCGGUCCCCACCCUGUGGAAUGAGCCGCCCGAGCUGCCCUCUGGAGCCGGUCCCUUCGAUGCUGCCACCACCACCGCCCGGCUGUCGGACACCACCGCCUUCCCCCUGUACACCUCGGAGCUGGAGCCCGAGGACACCACCCACCUGCACCGCCUGGACACUGGGGACGGCUCGCUGGGGCCCGGAGCUAUCGGUGCCAUUGUCAUCGCCUCCCUCCUGGGGACGUCUGUGCUUGUGGCGUUGGUCAUCAUCACUCUGAGGAAGUUCUCAGCCUCCUGAACUCAAUAAAAGAUUUUUCUGUUACA